CUGCAGAUAUGGGUUCAUUUGCACUAAAGAAAAAUUAAACCACUCCUGCAUGACAUUAGGUAGCAGCAUCUUCUUGUUGGAAGACGACUGCUAAUACAGUAGUCAAGAUGCGAGUAUUAAGUUUAUGACCUCAGAAGGUCAAGAUGCAAAUGUUACUAAACAAUUAAAGAAAGCAGUUGAGCAAUGGGAUGUUCCAAGAUUAAAGAAAGGUGAUUACUACUCCUUUGAAGAGCAUCUUAUAUUAACUUUGUGUUGUAAAAAAAUGAUGAGCAGGUAAGGCAUCUCUGACUCUACAUGAGAGCACAUACUUUGGUCAUUAAUGGUGAUUAUAAUGAUAUAUUCUGUAUUUAUUGUUUGCUGCAUUCAGUUUGAUUGGUUGCUUUGUUCAGAGCUGUUUCUACCAAAUCCAUUCAAGUUGAAACAUCUCCAAAAAAAAAUCAAUUUUAAACGGACUGGGAGCUGUCCAUGCUGACCCAUGUUGCUCUGUACAAGCUUUAUUUAAAUGUGCUGCAAAUUUGAUUGCAAUUCCAUCACGAUGGCAUCCUGCAAGAAGGUGUGCGUGAUCGGCGCCGGUGUGUCUGGCCUCGCCGCCGCGCGCGAGCUGCGGCGAGAGGGCCUCGACGUGACGGUGCUCGAGCAGCGCGGCGGCGUCGGCGGGCAGUGGCUGUACGACACGGCGACCGACGCCGGCGACCCGCUCGGCGUGGCCGGCGUGCACAGCAGCAUGUACGCGUCGCUCCGCCUCAUCACCCCGAGGGAGGUGAUGGGCUUCUCCGACUUCCCGUUCCGCCCAGGCAAGGACGGCGACUCCGGCGCCGGCGAGGUCGACGCGCGGCGGUUCCCCGGCCACGCCGAGUUCCUCAGGUACAUCAGGGAGUUAUGCGACGUGUUCGGCCUCAUGGACGCCGUUCGGCUCAACACGGCGGUCACGCGCGUCGCCAUGGCGCCGCCGCGGCGCGACGGCUCGCUGCGGUGGGCGGUGAGGAGCAAACACCACGGCGAGGCGGAGACGGAGGAGGUGUUCGACGCCGUCGUCGUGGCGUCCGGCCACUUCUGCCAGCCAAGGCUCCCGACCAUCGACGGGAUGGACAGGUGGAGGAGGAGGCAGCUGCAUUCCCAUUCCUACCGCGUCCCGGACGCCUUCCAUGGCGAGGUGGUGGUGAUCGUGGGCUGCGGCAUCAGCAGCAAGGACAUCGGGCUAGAGCUCCGCCGCGUCGCCAAGGAGGUGCACCUGAGCGCAAAGUCGCCGGAGGAGGCCAUGACGCCGGCGAUGUCCAAGAUUCUCGCCAGGUACGACAACCUUCACCUCCACCCACAGAUCGAACACCUGCGCGAGGACGGGACGGUGGUGUUCGUCGACGGCACAUGCGUCGUCGCCGACGCCGUCGUCUACUGCACCGGCAACACCUACUCGUACCCGUUCCUGGACACGGACGGCAAGGUCACCGUCGACGACAACCGCGUCGGGCCGCUGUUCGACCACGUGUUCCCGCCGGCGCUCGCGCCGUCGCUGUCGUUCGUGGGGAUCCCGGCCAUGGUGGUGGUGCCGCUGUUCAACGAGGUGCAGGCGAGGUGGGUGGCGCAGGUGCUGUCCGGGCGGAGGGCGCUGCCGUCGCCGGAGGAGAUGGCGCGCGCCGCGGAGGAGUACAACCGCGGCAGGGAGGCCGCCGGCGUGGCGAAGCGGCGGACGCACGACAUCCUGGACCUGGAGUACUGCGACGACUACGGCGAGCGCAACUGCGGCUUCCCGCGGCUGGAGGCGUGGAAGAAGGAGCUCAUGUGGUCUUCCUACCUCACCAUGUGCGACAACCUCGAGACCUUCCGCGACGACUACCAUGACAGCGACCUCGUCGCCGACGGCCUGAGGCUGCACGGCUGGAUCUCACCGGCGACGACGCUGACGCAGCAGGGCGACGAUGACAAACGGCCCCAUCUUUUAUGAGAAAUUCCGGCUUAUUACCAACUUAAAAUAAUAGUUUGCGAAUAAAAUUUUUAUAUA